AUGCUGUUCCCGCAGAAACAGAAGAGCAAAGCACAGCUAGACUCGGUCUUGCCGCCUUCAGGCAGUCAGGACAACGUGUCGGCAGAGACUAAGAGUAGCGACGACGGCCAUUCUACUGACUCGCGACCUGUCACAAUAGACUGUCUGCCCAUUACCAAGGCGGCGCAACGCGACCUUCUUCAACCACCGCACGGCUUUGUGUCCCGACGCAUUGACAUUGACACUUGGACACCGCCAAAUCUAUGGAGUUUGUCGAAGCGAGGAAAGCGCAGCAAGCGCAUGGAUUACCUAUUCGUUCUGUUUGGUAUCCUAGUCGGCGUUCUCGCCUCCGGGGCAGUCAUCGGACUGGGAAUCUUCAGCUUCAUGAGUGAUCAGCACAAGUACUGCCUCGCUUUAGACGAGCAGUUUGACGGACCUCUCAACACCAACAUUUGGUCCCGUGAAGUCCAGGUUGGUGGCUUUGGUAACAAAGAAUUCGAGUGGACCACCGCCAGCUCGAACAACUCCUACACCAAGGAUGGAAAACUCUACAUUACUCCAACGCUGACUGCUGACGCAAUAGGUGAAGGCGCCGUCACAAACGGCUAUACGGUCAAUCUCACGCAGUCGGGCGAAUGCACUGCACCACGGGUGCCCUGGAUGGACCGAACGGACAGCGAAGAUAUUCGAAUGGCCUCGAUCCGCAAUGCUGAUGUCAACUGUCAGAUCAGCAGCAACUCAACAUUGGGAACUGUCAUCCCUCCUGUGCAGAGCGCGCGAUUGACCACUAACGCAAGCUUCUCUAUGCGGUACGGACGAGUAGAAGUACGAGCGCGCAUGCCCACCGGUGACUGGCUGUGGCCUGCAGUUUGGAUGAUGCCUCGCGACAGCGUUUACGGCGAGUGGCCCAAGAGCGGCGAAAUUGAUCUGUUCGAAGGCAAGGGCAAUCAGGCGCGGUCGCGUACCGAACAGCUCAGCAACACCAUGCGAAGUGCGCUUCAUUGGGGCAACGAUGCCACUACUGACCAGUAUCUCAAGACGAAUCAAGUGUCUACCCUUUGGCGCAAUCUUUGGAACGAUGAAUUCCACACCUUCGGUCUCGAGUGGGACGAGCACGGGAUUUGGACGUGGCGUGAUAGCCGUGCGCGACGGGUGCUCAAUGUCCGCUUCAAGGAACCCUUCAUCAACCAGAUGCCCAAGGUGCAGCUCCAAAAUGGAGGCGGUAUGGUACCUGCGCCGAACCCUUGGAGCAAAAGUACCAACAACGGUGCACCUUUCGAUCAAGACUUCUACCUUAUCCUCAAUCUGGCCGUCGGAGGCACAAACGGCUACUUUGCCGACGUAGGCCAGCCAUGGAGCAACGACGACCCGCGCGCUGCUGCAACUUUCUGGAGCCAGCGUGCCAGUUGGCUUCCUAGCUGGGGCUCGGUCGAGAAGCGAUCCAUGGUGAUCGACUAUGUCAAAGCUUGGAAGCGGUGCUAA